AUGAGACUCCAUCCCCUUCUUUCUGUUCUCCUCCUCUUUGUGACUAUAAUGCCAAAAGCGAGAACUGGCGUUGUCCCGGGAAGAAAACAGUGUGUUCUCUUGAGAGGGGUGUGCAAAGACGGAGGAUGUACCUCCACAGAUGAUACCAUUGGUGUGUGUAACGAAGAGAAAAAAUGCUGUAGGAAAUGGUGGAUAUUUGAACCCUAUCCAACACCGAUUCCCAAAGGAAAAUCUCCUUAG